AUGGAGAUUUGUGAUAACUAUUUUUGUGGCAUAGCGUGUUUUGAUAAUCUUCUUUAAUCUGGCGAUUCAACUCAUAAAGAUCAUGAUUUUAACGUUAUAGAAUUACCUACAUUUGCUUAAGGUAUUCCUUGUCAUGAUACAAAUUGCAAUGUUUCGUAUGUUUUGCAAAUAAUGUAUUAACCUUUUACUCAUGUAAUGAUUUCAAAUUAUGCAGUUUUAAACUGUUUCUUUUCGCUAGAACUCAGGCUGAAUUGA